GGUUGCGGGCUGGGACUCGGGGAGGUCGGCGGCGCCGCCGCGUAGUCCUUCGAUCUCGGGCGCGGCGAGGCGACCCGUCACCUGGAGGGCACUCUCUGCCCUCUGUGCUUCGCGCGGACCGAGAACGAGGGGCGGCCGGGGCGUGAUGGGCCCCUUCGGGGAGAAGGACGUGGGGAGAGCGGACACCUCGCUGCCAGGGGAGGAUUAUGAAGAUGAUGACCUAGUAAACUCUGGUGAGGUUAUGAAGAAACCAUGUCCAGUACAGAUUGUCCUUGCUCAUGAAGAUGACCAUAACUUUGAGCUUGAUGAAGAAGCUUUGGAGCAGAUACUGCUACAGGAGCACAUACGAGAUCUUAACAUAGUUGUGGUAUCUGUGGCAGGAGCUUUUCGUAAAGGGAAAUCAUUUCUGCUGGACUUCAUGCUUAGAUAUAUGUAUAACAAGGUGAAUAGUGUCUUUACAUGGCGAGGUGGUUGUGAAAGAGAAACAACAGGCAUACAAGUUUGGAAUGAAGUAUUUGUGAUUGACAGACCUAAUGGAACAAAAGUGGCUGUGCUGCUAAUGGAUACCCAGGGUGCCUUUGAUAGCCAGUCAACUAUUAAAGACUGUGCAACCGUAUUUGCUCUGAGCACUAUGACCAGCUCUGUGCAGGUAUAUAAUUUAUCUCAGAAUAUUCAAGAAGAUGAUCUUCAACACUUACAAUUAUUUACAGAGUAUGGAAGACUUGCAAUGGAAGAAAUCUAUCAGAAACCAUUUCAGACAUUAAUGUUUUUGAUUCGAGAUUGGAGUUAUCCUUAUGAACAUUCAUAUGGUUUGGAAGGUGGAAUACAAUUCCUUGAAAAGAGAUUGCAGGUAAAACAAAAUCAACAUGAAGAGUUACAGAAUGUAAGGAAGCACAUUCACAAUUGUUUCUCAAAUCUGGGUUGCUUCCUUUUGCCACAUCCUGGUCUUAAAGUUGCAACUAAUCCUAGUUUUGAUGGGAGAUUGAAAGAUAUUGAUGAAGACUUUAAACGAGAGCUUCAAAAUCUGGUUCCAUUGCUGCUUGCCCCUGAAAAUUUGGUGGAAAAAGAGAUAAGUGGAUCUAAAGUCACUUGUAGAGAUCUUGUAGAGUAUUUUAAGGCUUACAUUAAAAUUUAUCAAGGAGAGGAACUUCCACAUCCAAAGUCCAUGCUUCAGGCAACAGCUGAAGCUAAUAAUCUUGCUGCUGUAGCAGGAGCAAGAGAUCUCUAUUGCAAAAGCAUGGAACAGGUAUGUGGUGGUGACAAGCCUUACAUUGCACCUUCAGAUCUGGAGCGAAAACACUUGGAUCUCAAGGAAGUAGCACUU